AUGCCUUUAACAUCAUUCAAUACUCCAGAUCCGUACAAAUACCAGAAUGGCUUUAACUCUUAUCAUGAAACGGAAGCCAUACCGGGUGCCCUUCCAGUGGGCAUGAACUCUCCACAGAAGCCACCAUUUGGACUUUAUGCGGAAAAACUUUCCGGUACAGCCUUCACAGCUCCGCGAGCAACAAACAAGCAGUCCUGGCUUUACCGAAUCAUGCCAUCCGCCUCACACUCUUCGUUUUCCCCAGUCCCCGAUUCUGUCCCAGGGGUUCAAUCUACUCUCCGCCCAUCAGCAUUUCACCAGAUCCCGAAUCAGCUGAGAUGGGAUCCGUUUGAGAUUUACGAGGAUAGGGAUUUUGUUCAAGGGCUAAACAUGAUUGCUGGGGCUGGUGAUGUGAGUACGAAGAACGGAAUCGGUAUCUACGCAUUUGCUGCUGGGAAGAAUAUGGAUUAUCAUUCCGCUUUUUACAGUGCCGAUGGGGACUGGCUUGUUGUAUUACAGCAUGGAGAAAUGGAUGUUGAGACGGAGCUUGGAAGACUAUAUGUCCGACCAAACGAAAUCCUCAUCAUCCCACGUGGGAUUCGUUUUCGAAUCACUCUUCCUAAUGGCCCGGUUCGUGGUUAUAUACUGGAAACAUUCACAACAGGGCACUUUGAGCUUCCUGAGCUUGGUCCCAUUGGUUCGAACUGUUUGGCAAACGCUCGUGACUUUCAGGCACCUGUAGCAUCUUUUACGGAUGAUGUCGGAAGUGCGUCGAAACCUUACCGCAUCACAGCUAAAUUUGAUGGAAAUCUUUUCGUUGCUACCCAGCGACAUAACCCCUUCGAUGUAGUUGCCUGGCAUGGGAAUUAUUAUCCGAUGAAGUACGAUCUCGGACGUUUUAACACCAUUGGCAGCAUUUCAUUCGACCACCCAGACCCAAGUAUCUUUACAGUGCUGACUGUGCAUUCUGCUGUAAAUGGUACUGCUGUCGCUGAUUUCGUUAUCUUUCCACCGCGCUGGCUGGUCGGUGAAGAUACGUUUCGACCCCCAUGGUAUCACCGUAACACAAUGUCGGAGUUCAUGGGCCUUAUCUCAGGAGACUAUGACGCUAAGGCAAGCGGUGGCUUCCUCCCAGCCGGUGCGAGUCUGCAUAACGUAAUGUCUGCUCAUGGGCCAGAUUAUGGGACGCACGAGAAGGCGAGUAAUGCUAUACUCAAACCGCAAAAGGUUGGGGAAGGGAGUAUGGCAUUUAUGUUCGAAAGCAUGUUUAUGGUCGGAGUGACGGAAUGGGGUUUGAAAACCUGCAGAAAAGUCCAGGAAGACUAUAAUGCGGAAAGCUGGGGGGGUCUGAAAAGAAAUUUCUACCCCCCAGCCGGGAAAUGGGGUUCUCACAGGCCGAAGUCGAAAGGAAGUGAUAAAUAG